AUGAAAAAGCAAAACGUUAGGACCAUCUCGCUCAUCGUGUGCACCUUUACCUAUCUGCUGAUCGGAGCUGCCGUGUUCGACGCGCUCGAGUCGGAAACGGAAAAGAAGCGCUGGAAAGCCCUGAGCGCGAUCGAAAAUGUGCUCAUCACCCGGUACAACAUUAGCGCCGAGGACUUUAAAGUCAUCGAGACGGUCAUUAUGAAGUCGGAACCGCACAAGGCGGGCCAGCAGUGGAAGUUUUCCGGUGCGUUCUACUACGCCACCACGGUUCUGACGACGAUCGGGUACGGCCACUCGACACCGUCCACCGUGAGUGGGAAGAUAUUUACGAUGUGCUACGCGGCCAUCGGCAUCCCGCUCGGGCUGGUGAUGUUCCAGAGCAUCGGCGAGCGGGUGAAUCGCCUGAGCAGCGUGAUUGUGCACGCUGUGAAGACGUCGUUCAACUGCAAAAAAGCGAUCGCCUCCGAGGUCGACCUCAUCCUGGUGGUGACCACGCUCAGCUCGCUGACGAUUGCGGGCGGUGCGGCGGCGUUCAGCAAGUUCGAGGGCUGGAGCUACUUCGACUCGGUGUACUAUUGCUUCAUCACGCUGACCACGAUCGGGUUCGGGGAUAUGGUGGCCCUGCAGAAGGACAAUGCACUCAACAAAAAGCCCGAGUACGUGGCGUUUGCGUUGAUUUUCAUCCUGUUCGGGCUGGCGGUGGUGGCCGCCUCGCUAAAUCUGCUCGUGCUGCGCUUCGUGACGAUGAACACGGAGGACGAGAAGCGCGACGAAGCACAGGCCAUCCAGGCGUUGCAGAUAGCGGUCAAGCUGGACGGUGACAUCAUCACCGGCAACACGGGGGACAGCGUGGACGAGCGGUGCUACGAUCGCAUCUCCGUGAUCAACCAGCUGGGGGUGUGCCACAACUGCCCGACUAAGUUCGACAUGACGGAGGCCGGCAACGGGUGCUACAUCGACACGAACUACCGCUUCCCGCUGAUGGAGUGCGAAAUGACGCAGCUGCGGUCACCGCCGGCCAUCGGUGCUGGCAGCAGCGGUGGCCAGGGAUUGAUGAGCGACUUUGAAACCGACGACGAAGGCCUAAUACAACCGCUCCGGUUCGACUUCCACCCCAGCCGGGGACGAGCAUCGGUCUAGAGGCGGCCCGCCGUCGUCCCCUCAUCGGAGCCAGCCAGCGGGUCGCAUGUGUCGCGACAGCCAAGGUCAAUUAGUGGCCGCGAUUCA